GAUAUGGCUGUAGAAUAAUUUAGCAGGUUAUUUUAUUGGAAUUGUCCUCUCUCGCUCUUUGUCCGAUCCGUUUCUCUUCUCCGCCUUGCGACGCUCUCUUCUCCUCCAUCUGGUUUUUCUUCUCGGCACUCUGUACUGUCUGAAGCGGGCCCGAUGUCUUCUCCGAGCAAGCGGAGGGAGAUGGACUUCAUGAAACUGAUGAUGGGCGAUUAUAAGGUGGAAACGAUAAAUGACGGGAUGCAGGAAUUUUACGUUGAAUUUCACGGGCCCAAUGACAGUCUCUAUCAAGGUGGAGUCUGGAAGGUCAGAGUAGAACUUCCAGAUGCUUACCCUUACAAGUCUCCAUCCAUUGGUUUUGUUACCAAGAUAUAUCAUCCAAAUGUUGAUGAAAUGUCUGGCUCGGUCUGCUUGGAUGUUAUCAACCAGACUUGGAGUCCAAUGUUUGAUCUUCUGAAUGUCUUCGAGACUUUCCUUCCACAACUUCUCUUGUAUCCCAAUCCUUCAGAUCCGUUGAACGGAGAAGCUGCUGCUUUAAUGAUGCGUGAUAGACAAGCUUAUGAACUAAAAGUGAAAGAAUACUGUGAGAGGUAUGCAAAGCAUGAAAACUCUGCAGCUGAUGGAAAUUCCAGCGAUGAAGUACUGAGUGACGAAGAAUAUGAAUCCAGCGAUGAGGAAGCCGUUCCAGGCAAUCCUGAUCCUUGACCUUACUCAGCUUUUAUGUUCAAUGUACAUCAGUCAUUUGAGCUAAUGCCAGAAAAUAGGACUCUCGUUUCUGUGUAAUUAACUUACAUUAUCUUUGUGCUAUUAUAAACAUUCAGCUGCAAUUGAAUUGGAUGAAGAAAUUCACCGAGCUGCUUUAUUGUGUU